AUGGCGCGUACCAAGGAAGAUGUCGCGUCCAAGGGCGAUGCCUCGCCUCGCAUCCCCAAAUCCUCCUCCGGAGUGACCAAGAAUACCGCUGAAGCUCCCGUCAAGCGCGGCCGUGGACGACCUCCCAAGGGCGCUGCGCCCAUGCCCAAGAAGGUCUAUGUUCCAACAGGACGCCCCCGCGGCCGACCCCCAGGUUCUGGCAAGAAGACCGCCGCUGGACCCAAGAAGGUCGCUGCAGUGAAUGACGAUGGUACGCCAAAACAGGGACGUGGUCGACCUCCUCGCGCUGCUCGCGGCACAGAGUCUGCUGCCACAACACCCAAGGAUGGCAAGAAGCGCGGCAGAAAGCCAAAGGCUGCCGAUGUAUCAGAGGAUGAAGAGACCAAUCACGAUGAGCCUGCCGACGAGGAUGAUGCUGCCAAUGAGUCGCCCGCUAAGGACGAGGAUGGCGAAGAUUCCGAGUAG